AUGGGGGCACGAACUGCAAACAAACCUCGCAGGCCUGAGGACGAACCCCAGCCGGCGGGCGCAGCGGGCGCAGUGGGCGCAGCGGGCGCAGCUGCACCGCGGCUGCGGACGCAGGCAGCAAGGGCGCCCUUGUUGUCUCUGCCGAACUUCUCUGUGAUCCUUCCGCCCGGAAAAGUUCCGGACGAGUUCCAGUUUCUGGGAAGGGGCGCCUGCAUCAACCAGAAAGGAGAGCACUUCUGGGGCGGAUCGAUGCAGUACAUCAGCGAACCGCGCGCGGAUGGCUCGAGCCGUGAGUGCUCGAAACUGUGCCAGAUGCUCCCAUCCUGCACGGGGUACCAGGCAGAAGGUUCGAGCUGCUUUGUCAUCGCCGACGGCAUCUUUCGACCCAGCGCUGCCCGUGGCGGCAGCAGCGACACGCGGUUCGAGCCUUCAGAGCUUCAGGCCAGGAGCUUUUGGGAGCGGCUGCCCCAUGCCUCCACGGUUCUCACCGAGUUCGUAGAGGCUGCGGACUUGAAUGUUGGUCAAGAGCCCGGGGCCUCUUCGGGUUCCGAGACUGUCCAACUUUUUGUUUCCAGCGGCCUAGAAACUCACGUCCUGAAGCAAAGGUAUCUCGCCCACGAGGAGCUGCCGGCGACCUUCCGUUUCCUUAGCAUCCAGCAUCGCUCGGAUGCAAUUCGUCUUGCAAUUCUCAAGAAGUACGGCGGCAUCUGGGUUGAUGCCACCACCUUCAUGACACACUCUUUGAAAGACAUGCUUGGCGAUGACCCGAACGUGCGGACGUUCUUUGCGCUGCCGUAUCCUUGGACAGACCAGUCGCUCAAGGACAACGACACUCGGGUGAGCUGGAUAGAUCAUCCGCAGAACUGGUUCUUAGCAGCUCCUGCUGGGGACCUCUUCAUUCAUAGGCUCCAGCAGUGCGUGUGGCAGUUCAUGGAUGGAGUCAACCGCAAGGACUUCAGCCUGUCGGGGCUCUUCAGCCCCCAACAGCUGGAGAUCAUGCCGCGACUCGGGAUUCGGGCGUACCUCUCCACAGAUGCCUGCAUGUUCAGGACUAUCUUCGAGGACCUAAGCCUGUGGACCUGGUGGCAUAGCCCCAGAGUGCAUAUCCGAGACCCUUGCGGCUCUCUCGGCUUCUCCUGGAUGGCGAACAUGACCGACACCCGCGUGAAGCUCUUCGAGCGUGUGGACCCUGCGUUCAUGGUUCAGCUGCGGGACGACCCGGGCUUGUACAUGAAGUUCACCAGCGACAUGCGGCGCAGCAUGAUCCUGCCGCUGGAUGCCUCGGCCAUCUGGUGCAAGGAGAACAGCUUCCGCAAGAUCUUGGACUCCAUGAAUCCCGGCGGCUUUUUCUUCUUUCUUUUUGCAGAUCUGCUGGUCGGCUAG